UUUUUAAAGGUCAGGGUUUAAAUUUAAAUGUUUUAGAACAUAAAACUAGCAAGAUAUAUUUACCAAUGUUAUCUCUGUUAAAUAAUGAAGAGGUUAUGCUUCCUGAAGAACUUGUUCAAAGUGAGGAAAUAUUUCGAGAAGUUUUGAAAAAAGGGAUUCAAGAAAGUUUAAAUGAUACUGAAAAAAGACAUUUGAUGUGUUUCUUACCAUCUUCUGGAAAAACCGAAACUGAAAAUGUGGAUUUACUUUUUUUUGAGGAGACUCUUAAUAAAGUUUUUGAAGGAAGUUCAAACUUCAAACAUGGAGAUCCUUUAAAACAUGCAUAUUUAAAACUACAAAGUGGUUUGUUGACUCCAAAAGUAAUAGAACUGCAAAAGAAAUGUUUAAAACUUAAAGAGAAAAAUUAUAAGCUAAAUCAAAAAGAGUACUACAAAAAUUUAUUAGAAGAAAUAAUACUCUCAAGACAGCGGCUGUUGGGAAGAGCAUAUGCUGGAAAAGCACCUUUAAAAAGACAUCCUAGUGAUAUUUUUUCAAUGGUUAAACAGCGUGCAAAAAAAAAGUAUAAAAGGAUUUUACGAGAUAUUUCAAGAGAAUGUGGUGACAAUGUUACAUCUUCAGAUGAGGAUGACUUGCUUCCUCAAGACAAUUCACUUAUAAGUGAAUAUGAACUAACCUGUAUGCUAGGAAAGCAUAAAAAAAAAAGGGUUUUGUGUCAGGAUCAUCCAGAGUUGAAUACAACAAACAUUAGCUUAGCAGACUUAGUUAUGCGUUGUAAUGGUUUAAAGAAAUCAAAUUUGAGGCAUAACAAUGCCGGUCCAAGUAAAAUUAAUAUGUCAACUCCUAUCCAUGAUAAAAUUAUUGAAAAGAAAAAAAUUAAAUCAAAACUUGCUACAUCUCAUUCAACACCUCCCAAACACCACCAAACACCUCCUGCUUCAGUUGUUUCUCUUGAAACGAAAAAGGUAUCAAAGCCAAUAAAGUGUCCUCCGGUCAUUUUUCCGAAAAUGGAUUCAUUUUUUUCUUUAAUUGGAUAUAUAUUUGAUAAUGCAGAAAAUAAAAAGUGCACUCUUGCAACUAUUGAAGAAAAAAUCCAAAGAUGGCAGAAGUAUAAAUCUGGAGACACUUGUACAUGGAAGACAUUGUAUCCCUCAUGGGUUCCAUUCAUACCUUUUGCUAUAGAAUAUAUGUCAGGAAAGGGUACAGCUUCACAAUUACCUGAAUUUACUCCGUUACUUUUGGCUGAUGAUAAUUGUUGGUGUUGGACAGGUCCUGAUUAUACAAAUAAUAGUAUUAUCUUACCAUUGUGUAAUCAUUGGAUGGAUACUUUAGGGGAAGCAAUGGCUCCUAACAGCAAUAAAGAAUGCAAUAAAGAAAAGCAGGAUGUUGAUCGUACAAGUUAUUCUGUGUGUCCAAGCUCAAAUGAGCAGAAAGAAGAAUUUCGAAGACAAGAAAAAGAAAGAUUUUUAAAGCCUUAUAUGCCGUUUGUUUACACUUUGCAUGGAUAUAGCUCUGUUGCUGCCCCUGUUAAGGGUGUAUUUAAAGAUAGCAACUUUGACACAGCUAAAGCUAGGGAGCAUGCUAUGCUUGUUUCUGAACGUCCUGCUUAUGUCACUAUUUUAAGUUUAGUUCGUGACGCAGUUGCUAGGUUACCGAAUGGAGAAGGUACUAGAGCUGAGGUUUGUUUGCUUUUACGUGAUUCUCAAUUUUUGAACCCUAAGGCAACAGAUAGUCAGGUUAACAAUGUUGUAAGUGGUGCGUUGGAUCGUUUACAUGCUGAAAAAGAUCCAUGUGUAAAAUUUGAUCCAGUUCGAAAGGUGUGGCUAUAUUUGCAUCGAUAUCGAACUGUUGAUGAGCUAGAAAAAUUACAUCAAGCUAGUGGGGCUGCUGUUUUAGCCAAAAAACAGCUUUCUUCUGCCAAACCAAAAAUUUUGAAAAUGAAAAAAAACGAAAAAGAAGAUAAAAAUUGUAAAGUUUCAAAUAUAAAAAAAGACUUGUUUGACAAUACAUUAGAAGAAGAAAUCAAUAAUUCAUCUGAAAGCAUCGUCAAAUCGAUAUCUGAAACUUCUAUAAACACAACUAAUAAUUUCACUAAAAAAAAAACUGCUGUAAAAAGAAAACAAAUAAAUGAUUCUUCGAUUCUGAAAAUAUCUAAGUUAGAUAACUGUAACAUGGAUACCUCUAAUGAGUUUCAUUCGCUUUUUGAAGAUGAGACUUUAAUGGCAACCCAAUCUUUAAUGUUGAGUGGAGAAGAUGAUGUUUUUGAUGAUGGUGUAUUAAGUAGCAAUUUUCUUGAUUUACAACAAAACGAUGAGCUAAUUACAAAUUCAUCUUUUCAAUCGCAUCAAAAUUUGUCGUAUAAUAAUAACAAUUUAGCAACUCAAAAAAAUGAAGUUUAUGAAAAUAGAAAUAAUAUUUUGUUGGAAAAUUGCAAUAUUGAACAAGACACUAAUUCUCUUAAACAACAAGUUAAUGCAAAAAAACAUUUCAACGAAUCUAAUGUAGUUUCCAUUUCUACCGAUUUAAACAAAACGGCUAAACAUCAAAAUCUAAAAAAAAAAAUAAUUCCUGAGCAAUUGAUUUCUGGUACCAAUGUUGAUCUUCAAAUUGGUCCACAACAUAUGGCUCAAACCAUACAAAAAUCUGUCAGUGAAUCAAAAGAUCAAGUAAUUAUAAAUAAUACAGUUCCCGAUAACUUAGUCGAACGACAACAUGUUCGUGUAAUUCUAAACACUAAUCAAAUAAAUGCUGAAUGCAGUAGAGCCAUAACAAAUGCUAACAAAGAAACAUUUCAAAAUUUGAACCAAUAUUUGAGUUCAAAGAUUGCUCAAAACAAAGUUGUAAGUUCGUCACUGAGCAAUUCAUCUAUCCUUCAUAACACAAUUGUUCGUGCAAAUGUUGCACCUUUCUCUCAAGUUAUUCGUUCCAGUGGUUCUUUUCUUGAACAAAUACGUGUAAGUAAACCAUUACUUACUUUGCAAAACCAAAACAACGCUAUUACCCGCUUAGUUGUUCAAUCAAAUAACUUCUCUCAAACUCAUGCUGGGGGUCAAAAAACAACUUUAAAGCUUAUCCAAGUAAAAGGGAACAAUGGAUCCCAAGUCAUUACUUCGCACCCCCCUAAUUUACAAAAUGUAAGAACUUCAAAAAAUGAUGGCAACGUGCAUUUACUUUCACUUAACCAGCUUAUAGCAUCAAAUGCUAGCCAAAGUAAGUUUACUGAUAGAACUGUUCUAUCUUCAGUUGCCACUGGUACAUGUGUACCUGUUGCUAGUAUACAAGCAUUGCUACAAUCUGGGCAAAAAUCUCGGUUUCCUUCUCCACAUGGUGAUCAACCUCAAUUUAUAAUUAAUCAUCAAAAUGUUCAAAAAAAUGUUAACUCGCGCAUUUCAAGUUCUCUUCAUGGUUCUUCUGUAACUGUCUCUAAUAGCGUAUCGAAUUCUCUUCACGGUUCGUCCAAUGCUUCAAAGAUAUUAGAUAAAAACAUGAAUACGGGUAAAAUUUUAAAUAUAGAGACUACAUUGAGUAAAAAUGCAUCAGGAAAAGAAGUAUUUACUUAUUUUCCUGGAAGUGUAAUUUCGCGUGGUAUACGUCCGACUAUGGCACCGCUCAAAAUUACUCUACCGCGUAGUGGUUUUAACUCACCGCAAUCGACUAACAACUCGCCUAUUCGUAUUAGUAACGUAUAUUCUCCUCGGUCGCCUUCUUUUGAGAAAAUAGUUGUUUCCAGGAAUCCAAAUAGUAUCACGCCGUUGCGAUAUCCUCCCCCAACUGAACAUUUAGUAAACUUAAAGGAUUGUCUAAAAAAUUCCGAUCAAAGUUUAAACUGAUUUUAAAAAAGCACUGAUUAAAUCUGAAAAUAAAUUUUGAAUAUAUUUUUAAAAAAUAUUGUUUU